GUAAAAUAGCAGAAGCAACAUUGGCAGUGACAUUCAUUUUCAACAGUUCUCGACAGUGUAGAGUUGCUAUGGCAGCUGGUUAGUUGCCAUGGUUGUGAAGCAGUCGUGCAACAUGCCAGGGGAGGACGUGGUUAGUGUGAAAAUGCAGAUGAAUCUGGAGGAUUACCAGGAGUUCAUAUGCGGCUGGGGAGCAGCCGUCAUCAACAUCACUGCUACUUUUCCCAUCAACAAGGCCAUGUUCAGGCAGCAACUACAUGGCAUUUCAGGUUUCAAGGCUGUGGGACAGUUAAAGAAGGAAGGCCUAGGCAACUUGUAUCGCGGUGUAGUCCCCCCACUGAUGCAGAAAACAACUUCCCUGUCACUGAUGUUUGGAAUGUACCACAAGUUUCAGCGCAUGUUAAUGGAUCAGUGUCCGACAUGGUCAAAAGCAUCAGUUCAAGCAACAGCAGCGAUGUUGGCUGGGAUGACUGAAGCGACGCUGUCACCUUUCGAGCGUGUUCAGACUUUAAUGCAGGAUCGGAACUACCACAAGAGAUUUACCAACACACCUCAUGCCAUGUAUGAACUGCGUACUUAUGGACUCAGGGAGUACUAUAGAGGCCUUACUCCAAUCCUAAUGCGUAACGGACCUAGCAAUGUGAUGUUCUUCUUAGGAAGAGACUUUCUUCAUGAUUUAGUGCCGCUUGGGGAAAGUCCAACGGAGAAGUUUUUGAAACAUUUUAUAAGUGGUGCUGUUCUGGGUGCGUUUAUUAGUACCUUUUUUUACCCUCUGAAUGUUGUCAAGACAAGAAUGCAGUCGCAGCUUGGAGGAGAGUAUCGUGGGUUUUGGCGUACCUUCCUGGUCGUCAUUGAAGAACGUGGCUAUAGUGUCAGAAAACUAUUCCGAGGAUACCACCUCAACUACACCCGGUCGUUUCUCUCCUGGGGCAUUAUCAAUGCUUCCUAUGAGUACCUCAUGAAGCAUUUCUUCAGGAAAUCCGAGCUUUCCUGACCUUACCUGCUGGCAUAAUUUGGACUGGAUGAAAGUGCUGUGCUGACUUGUAGUGGUGCAAAUGAUUUUCUGUGUGAUUUCAUAUAGACAGACUGCAGUGAGUUGUUACUGACACACUAACCAUGUUAAAGAUGUCAUGAGAUUUAGUUAUUUUGGAGAUUUGGAACUGUCAGAUUUAUAGUGAUAAUGACAACCCGUGAAGAUCCAGGUGAGAAUUGAUCUUCAGUAACUCAUGCUUAUCGUAAGA